AUGGGAACGCCAAAUUCCCAAUUUUCCCAUCCCUGCCGUCAGGUUCCUAGAACAUCAUUAAAUUCUUCUAGUGUCACUGCUGCUGCAGGAUUCAAGGUUCAAAAGGAGAGACUCACUGUGAUGGCUUGUUGCAAUGCCUCUGGUACAUUCAAACUACCUCUCAUGGUAAUUGGAAAAUAUGCCAAACCUCGUGUUCUCAAGGACUUGAAAGAACUUCCAGUAGUCUACAAUAACCAAAAAAGUUCCUUGAUGAGUGCCUUUUUGUUUGAAGAAUGGUUCAAGAACCAAUUUGUGCCUGAAGUGGAGCAAUAUCUACUAUCCCAGGGAUUACCACCAAAAGCAAUCUUACUUAUGGAUAACUGUUCAGCGCAUCCAGCUAAUCUAGUUGUCAAUGGCAUCAGAGUCGAGUUUUUACCACCCAAUACAACUGCACUGAUGCAGCCCAUGGACCAGGGGUGCCUCCAAAACAUAAAAACUUUAUAUAAGAUCCAAAUCAUUGCAUUCAUCAUGAAACAACUUAACAGUGGAGCCAGCAUUCCUCAAGCAUUAAAGACUGUAACGAUUCGUGAGCUGUGGCCUGAGAUUAUGGAGAUCAUGGCCUCAGUUUGUCCAACUGAAGCUGCUAUCAAUGUUUCAUACACCGAGGAACAUGAAACUUUGAUCAACAAUUUCUAUGAACAUGUUCGAAGCCACGAGGAUUAUACUGGAAUGCAACUGGGUGAAUUCAACGACUGGAUUAAUUCUAGUCCACUGUGGAUGAGAGAAGAAUGUUGGAGUCAUGAGGAGAUUAUACAAGUUGUUCAGGAAGAAAAAAAUGGGAAAUCAGAAGAUCACAUUGAAGAUGACAAGGAAAAUCAACCGAGAAAUGCGAAUGACAGUGAUUCAGCUGCCAAAGAAUUGUCAGAAGCCCAGGAGAAUUUGAAGAAAGUUAUUGAGUUCUGUGAGAAAUAUCCUCAUUACUCGAAGGGGCAUUUACUGAGUUUAUAUCAAGUCAGGGAUGCAAUGGGAACCCAACUUUUAAUGCCGAAAACUGAUCCCAGUAAUUCUCCUUUAAAUUAA